GAAAUAUUUACAGAAAACAAAACAUUGCUAAAUGUCAGCUUAGCAAUAAAUUCGAAUUUAAAAGCAGUUUAAGUGCCGGAAACUGCAACACGCGUUCACCGAGAUGUCCUCAGAGGAGCCUGAUGCCGCACCGGCGUCCGCCGAGGAGGAUUCAUCGGUGCACGAUUACAUCGAGUUGAAGACCAUGGAGGAUGUGGAGGCAAUGGAGCAAAAGCAACUUUAUACCUACAUUGAAAAGCUGCAUGGAAUAAUUAGGAAAUACGACACUAAACUGGCAUCCUAUAAAAAGAAACUGAAACAAUUACUGAACAGAGAAUCAGACAACAUUGGAUGCAAAUGUAAGCAAGCUGAAAAUGGAGAUUUGCCAGACAAAGAGAAUGAUCAGGAUACAGAAGUCACCAAAGAACUUUCGGCCAGCGAUGCCUUCAGCUUUGUGGAUGAAAUGCGUCAGGCUGCGAAGCAUGCAGAGAAUCUGAACAAUUUCGUAUACGAGCCCACAUCAGGCAUGUACUACGAUCCAAAGACGGGCUACUACUAUAAUGCGGAGUACGGGCUUUACUACGAUGGGAAAACGGGCUGCUACUAUAGCUAUGAUGAGAGCAAAGAUUCGUACGAGUUUCACUCACAGGCCCAAGUCCAGGCAAACACCACAGCGAACGGCGAACAGCCAGCAAAUGACGGCAAUGUUUAUGACGAGGAUGAUGUCCAAGACGUUGAUGUUGAGUUCGAUGAACACGGCGGUGUGAUAACAGAUCUGAAAACAUUAAAACAGAUCAAGGCUGAAAAGAAAAAGGUCAAAGAACGUGCCGAGAAAAGCAAACGCAAGGCUAAGAAAAAGCAUAAGAAGGCAAAGAAGCAUAAAAAGAAGCAUCGUCGUCACAGUAGAAAACGACGCAAGCAUUCCGACAGCGAUGUGGACGAUGAUGACACCGAAAACACUCGCAAGAAGACAACAAGCAAGAAGCCCGAUGCAGAAGACGGUGAACUUUCGCAAUCAUCGAGCAGCUCCAGCUCCGAGUCCAGCGAUGAGGACAGCAGCGACUCGGAUAGCAGCGUGCCUGUAUUCAAGGCAUCUGGCCGCUUUCAAGAUAUUGCCAAAAAGUAUCCACCUUCGCUGCGGAUUAUUGUGCAGGAGACUAAUGUGCAGGAGCUGACUGUUGGUAGCCUUCACUUGAUAACCUACAAAGGAGGCUCGCUGGGUCGCGAAGGAGCACACGAUGUCAUCAUACCGGAUGUCAAUGUGAGCAAGUCGCACAUGAACUUUCACUACGACACCAAGAAGGGCAUUUACAAAUGCCAGGACUUAGGCUCUCGCAAUGGCACUCUGCUCAAUGGUGUACGCAUGUCGGAGCCCAAGAUAAAUAGCGGGGCGCAGGAUUUGGUGCAUGGCAGUGUCAUUUGCAUUGGACAGACCAAGCUGCUGUGUCACGUGCAUGAAGGCAAUAGCACUUGUGGUUUGUGUGAGCCUGGAUUGUUAAUUGGUCCAGCUGCGCCAGCAACAGCAGCUGCCUCAAGCAAUGCCAAAGUACUAUCACAUCGGGAGCAGCUAAAAAAACUGCAAAAGAAGUACGGCCUGGAGAAUGAAAAAUUCAUAGACACAAACGCCAGCUCGGAUCCAAAUUAUAAUGAUCGCAGCGCACAAAGACGCAUCAAAGUGGGCAGCAGCACGGAUAAGGAGAAAACCGAGACUGCGUGUGUGCACACUGAGAUUGCCAGCUCUAACAAAGGCUUUAAGAUGCUGAGUAAAUUGGGUUGGCAGAAAGGUGACACUUUGGGCAAAUCUAAUCAAGGUCUUCUCACUCCUAUCAACGUUGUGGCCAAUGAGGGAACCACAGGACUCGGCAGCACGGAACCAUCUGCAGCUACUUCUCGAUCUGUGGACAAACGCAAAUUGGCUAACCUAAAGAUUACUCAAGCACGCUAUCAGCGUGCCAAUGAUAUCUUCUCGGUAUCCGAUGAGAGUGAAUAAAACAAAAACCUUGAACUAGUUUUGAAACACAUUUA